UCAAUAUCCAUUAACCUACUUUCAGGCCUACUCGCUUUUGAUCUUCUUGUUGCUUAUUUCCUUGAUAAUGGCACACUUCCAAAGCCCAUACGGUGCAUCCCAAACUGACGAGUACGGAAACGUUCUCAGUACCGAUGAAUACGGAAACGUAAUCCGUAGAGAUGCGUACGGCAACGUGAUUCGCACAGACGAAUAUGGCAACGUGAUACGCACAGAUGAAUACGGCACCGUGAUUCGAACCGAUGAAUAUGGCAACCCGAUACGCCACAGUGGCACCACUGCAGGCACUUACGGAGCGUGUGGGUUCGAUACCACCACUCCCCAAGGUAUGCAUCAUGAUGUUACGGCGGCUGGCCAUGGCGGGGACAGUACUGGCAAGCUUCAUCUCUCUGGAAGCUCUAGCUCCUCUGAGGACGACGGGCAAGGCGGGAGAAGGAAAAAGGGACUGAAGGAGAAGAUAAAGGAGAAGAUACCAGGUAUUGGGCACAAGGAUCACAGAAGUGCGACAUCUGCAACAACAACACCGGGUUAUACAGAGACGCACGCUCAACACCCUCACGAGAAGAAGGGGGUGCUGGAAAAGAUCAAAGAGAAGCUUCCAGGCGGCCACCAUACUUCUGAGCACCAGUACUAGAUCUUGUGUACGUGUGUAUAUCAUGUAGUUGUGUGCGAGAGCUAUAUGUAAAAUUAUUAUUAUUAUUUUUGAAGAAAACUAUAUGUAAAAUUAUUAAUGCUUGUUUGUAGCUUACAUGACGGUGUUGUAGGGUUUAGGAAGCUGGUGGAUGUAUUAUAUAAGCGUAUGCGGUUCGAUCUUGUAUUUUAUUAUGUGCUUUUUGUUGGGUACGUACUAAAUAGUGUCAUAUUGUUGAAGUUUCUGGUUAAUUAAUUAAAUUAAUUAAUA